AACGCGUCUGCACCACUGCCCGGCGUCUACCGUCCUCCCCACGACGCGCGGCAGGAGCAUCACGUGCGCUUCAGCUUCAGGGCAGGUGCGCUGUGUCUGCGGCGCGGGUGCGGUACGUACGAUCGCACAGUGGUACAGUGCCGUUGUUGCCACCGCCGCCGUCCUCACCCCCCGUCGUGACGCCUCUAGCCCUCAGUGAUGCGGUGCACCCGCUGGUAUCUACCACUCGUGCUCUUGCCAUUUCCCAUAGCGUCACCAUAUUUCCUCUGGCUAUUCAUCUUCUCCACCACACUUCAUGCGCGUCCAUGCUUCUACUGUAUCGUCCUGCUCUCCGCGCUCUUCAUGACAUCAUGUUACUGGCCCCCCGUUCCGCUCGAGAGCAGUCUGGCUGUUCCCUGGGCAGAUAACAUCACCACCUACGCAGACGCGCUCGCCUCACUCAUGCCAGAGCUCCCAGAAGACUUGAAGCCAGCCGAUGUACCCAUGCUAGAUCGCUGCUGGUGUGACUUCUCCGGCCCCGGCUUCUUCGAGCAGCUCAACGUGACGGACUGGGAGAGGCAGAGUGUCCUGCGGUUGAAGGAUAGGCUGGAGCUUCAGGUGAAGGCGCGAGAGGCCGAGAGGCCACCUGAACCAGAACCGGAGCCAGAGGAAGUGCCUUCCACAGUAGCCGACGACCCCACCAAAACCCCGAGCGAAGGCACACCAGGCAACUCGACCGACGGGGUCGCUGAUGGGGCCAUGCGUUCCAAGCUCUCCGGAAUUUGGAACAAAGUGGUCGCCUGGCCCUUCCCUCGAAAACCACAGCCCAGCGAGGUACCACCGGCUGAGGAUCCGACGAUCUUUAUCAGGCCGACGCCUUCGAGCAGAUGGCGCUGGUCCCGGAAGGACGACUACACGCCGCGCGUGCGGAGGCCAAUACCCAUCAUCACGACCCACACGACGACAAUUGAGCCCACACAGUCACUCCUCCGGAAGAAGUACGACUUGCGCCCGUACGGCUUCGCCGUUGUCCUCGACUUCGGUUGGGAGAAGAGCGAUUCAUCAUGAUCUCUUGACCCCCUCCCUUGUCUGUCGGGCGUUAGGCUCUGACCGGCAUGUUCACGCGCACUGUAGGACUAGACACGAAAAGUAUUGUAUCUGUAUAAUGCAUGCUGCGAGUGGUGGGGCAGCUCGGACGAGCCGUGUGCUGUAUGUGCAUACGGCUUCUGCGACCUUCCUCUCUAUCUUGCUUUCCUUCGCUGCCCACUGUCCCGAGUUGCCGGGGACGAUUCCUAGCUCUUGUUUUCU